AUGACACAAAACCAUGCGGGCCUUUCCCCCGCCCUCGUCGAGACCCUCUCCGGGCUGACCGCCGGCUCCGUGGCCACCCUGGUUGUUCACCCGCUCGACAUUGUCAAGACACGGAUGCAGCUCCAUCGCAGCAGCGCGCCCACGUCUGCAAGCCUCACGACCUUCUCGCUUUUUCGCGGCCUGACUCAGACGCCGCAGCCUGUGCGCGCGCUGUACCGCGGCCUGACGCCGAACCUGCUAGGCAACGCGUCGAGCUGGGCGUCCUUCUUCUUCUUCAAGGCCCGCGCCGAGCGCGCCAUCCUCGGCCUGAAGCACGCCCCGGAUGCCGUGCUCACGUCUACGGACUACUUUGCCGCCUCGGCCCUGGCCGGCGUCGGCGUCCAGAUCCUGACCAACCCCAUCUGGGUGCUGAAGGUGCGCAUGCUCUCCUCUGACCGCGGGGCCGUGGGCGCGUACCCGAGCAUGUGGGCUGGUGCGGUGCAGCUCUUCCGCACCGAGGGCUGGCGGGGCUUCUACCGCGGCCUGGGGAUCAGUCUCUUCGGCGUCAGUCACGGCGCGGUGCAGUUCGCUGUGUACGAGCCUGCCAAGCGGGUUUAUUUCACGAGGCGGCACCGUCAGCUAGAAAAGGGGGGCCAGGUGGUGGAUUCGCCACUCAAGGUGACGAACGAAGCGACGUUGCUGCUCUCAAGUGCGUCAAAACUGGUCGCUGGGGCUGUUACGUAUCCGUACCAAGUUAUUCGGAGCCGGCUGCAAAAUUUCAAUGCCGAUGAGCACUACGGACGUGGGAUUCAAGGGGUUGUGAGGCGGACUUGGGCGAUUGAGGGCAUCAGGGGGUUCUAUCGGGGUAUCGUGCCGGGUGUCAUAAGAGUGAUGCCCGCGACUUGGGUGACAUUUCUCGUGUAUGAGAACAUGAAGUUCUACCUACCCCAAUGGACCAGCUGA